CUUCAAUGGAGGCCGAUGUUUUUAAGUGCGGUUUCGAUAUCAUUGAAGAUGAAGAACUUGAUGGGAAUGCACAGAGAAUAUCAAGAAUAUCACUUCCAAGUUCCGAAUUCCCACCAUAUCACCAUUACGUGCCGCGCAAUCCUCUUGCUACAUGGAAGGAACUCCCGCGAAAGGGCAACUACAUCAACCCGCCUCGCCGGCGAAGACCUCGGAUGAAACACAAGAAGAAGAGAAACCGGAAGCUGAGGCUCGCCGACUCAAAUCCCUAGCAGAGCAAAAGCUCAAGUUUUCUUCCCUCAAAUCUGCUCUCAAGUAUGCAAGACGAGCUCAACAUUUAUGGCCUGAACUCGACGGCAUCUCAGCCAUGGUCAUGGCCCUCAAGAUCCUCCGCACUUUCCCCACUGACCACUAUCAGAUUCUUCGCGUAGAACCUUUUUCCCAUAUAAACGCCAUUAAGAAGCAGUACAAAGCCCUCGCCCUCGUUCUCCACCCAGACAAGGUUAGAUCCCUUGCUCCUGCAGCUGAAGACGCCUUCAAGCGCGUCGCCGACUCCUUUCGCUUUCUCUCCGAUCGCGCCCGCAAGAGGGAUUACGACACCAGCCUCCGCCUCGCACUUGCUGAUUCUAGUAGUCACCGGCCAGUGGAGACGUUCUGGACCGCGUGCUUGACCUGCCGCCUCUUGCAUGAGUUCAAUCGCCGGCACAUUGGGUACCGCCUGGUUUGCCCUAACUGUCGCAAGAGCUUUCUUGCUGUGGAGGUGCCAUCGGAUGUUAGUGGUGUGGACAAGGAAGAAGUGGAAGCCAUGGUUAGGCCUAGAGUUACAGCUGCUCGGUCCAGGACGAAGCCAAGGCCUAGGGUCCCGACUGGGUGGGAGACCCCUGAUAGAAAGAUAAAGCCGGUUGUUUCUUCCUUCCCUUGUUUAAAGAGUUGUGAUCAGAAUAAGGAGAAAACAUUGGCGGAGAUGCAACUGGAACUUAUAAAGGCUAAGGAUAAAGGAAAAACGAAGGUGGAGGAGGACACGAGCCUCAUGGCCGUGGAGGAUUCCGACUUCUAUGAUUUUGACAAUGACAGGACUGAGAAGUGUUUCGCCAAGGGUCAAAUUUGGGCAAUCUAUGAUGAUGAUGAUGGGAUGCCAAGGCAUUAUGGACUUAUUGAUGAGGUUGUUUCUUCCAGCCCAUUUAGAGUAAAAAUGUGCUGGUUAGAUAUACAGGUUGAUGGAGAUGAGUCGCUGUUGCUUUGGGAGAAAUCUGGACGUCACAUUUCUUUCGGGAGGUUUAAGAUUGGAAGAAAAGUUGAAAUAGAUUCAGUGAAUUUGUUCUCACAUAUUUUGGAUUCUGAGAGGGCGGCGAAGGAGCUUUUUAGGAUUUAUCCAAAGAAAGGUUCAGUGUGGGCACUUUAUGGCGAGACAACUUCUGGGAGAGAGCGGAGGUCAUAUGAUAUUGCGUUAUUCCUUACUUCCUAUAGUGACUUGUUUGGAUUGAGCAUGGCAUACCUUGAGAAAGUUGAAGGUUACAAGACCAUAUUCAAGAGGAGGCAGAUCGGUUUCCAUGCGGUUAGAUGGCUUAAAAAGGAUGAUUUUAUGCUCUUCUCUCAUCAAAUUCCAGCGCAUAAACUCACAAAAACUGAUGGAGUGAAUUUCCCUGGAGAGUGCUGGGAACUUGAUCCAGCUUCACUUCCUGCUGAAGUUUAUUAUCAUUUUUCUUGCCUACCUAUUUGUGGUAGAAAAUGUUGUGGAACAUGA